AUGGAUUACUCGUUGCUGUCAGACAGGUGUGAGUUGCCAAAAACACCCUCGGGUCAGCUGCAGAGUUCUGUAGCACAAGUGAAGACCUCACUCACUGCUUGGGAACAGUGGCUUGUAAAUAAGGCAAAAGAAGAUAGGAUCAGGUUGGAAAAGAAGGCACUGGAGGAGCAGUUACUUAAAGAAAAGAAAAGACAAGAAGAAAAGGACAACGAACAGAAGAUUGCCAUGAUAAAUCAAAAAAUAGAGGAAUGGCUGAAGGUGAAAAGAGAAGAGGAAAAGCAGGCGCAAGAUCUAAAACAAAGCAAAGAACAAGAAGCACUAAUGAUAAAAAUGGAAAAGCAGCGUGAGCUUGAACUCAAAGUGCAAGAAAAAUAUAAAGAAUGGCUUCAAAAGAAAAAUCAGGAGAAGGCAGAGAAACAAAGGAAACAGAAGGAAGAAGCAGCACUGAAAGAUGAGAAAGAAAAGGAACGCCGCAGAAAGGCCGAUGAGAAGUUCAAGGAAUGGCUUAAUCACUCCAAAGCUAAAAGCACAUUCAAUCCCAAAUCGGCUUGUUCAAGUCCAUAUGGAAAAGCUUACCCAUCUCCCAGCUUCUACAACCCAAUCCCUUGGAAGCCAAUCCCAGUCCCCCCGGAAACCGUAAGCAAGACAACUGACCGACCAGCGCAGAGAAAACCAAAAGGACAACACAGCCUCAGUUCUCAUUCGAGGCGGCACAAUUCUGCUCAGUCAGUGCAGAGGAGAUGA